GCCCUCUCAGGGAAAAUGCGUGAAAACUAUAGAUGUAUAGCAAAGGUCGGCUUACAGAAGAAAGCUUCUCUGUGAAAAUGUGGUUGUUGACAAAUGAAGAAAUGGCUACAACAUACCAGGUUAGCUUGUUUGCUGGGGCUUUUAUGGUACUAGCUUUGGUAGUGUGGAGAAUUUCUCGUCGACAACGCCAUUACGAAGUUCCUGCUCGAGACAUUCGUAAAGGGCACAGGUGGUGCCAAGUGGAUAUUUUAUCCCACACUGCAUACUGCAAUGUUUGUGAAGGACUGAUUGUGGAUGGUUGGUACUGUGAUUCAUGUGGAGUUUGUGCUGACCAUGGCUGUUUUAGAAAAGCUGACAAAGGAAUCUCUUGCAAAUUCCUUUCCAGAGCUGGUAAUUCAUCCAUAAAACAUCACUGGGUUAAAGGAAAUUUACCACUUGGGAGCAUUUGUGAUGUUUGUGAGGGUGAGUGUGGAUUUCAGGCUCUAACUGACUUCCGUUGUUGUUGGUGUCAACGAACAGUUCACACUUGUUGUCAACCAAUGAUGGCAGAAAUCUGUGACUUUGGCAGAUUCAAAUCAUUUAUUGUUCCUCCAUACUGUGUGCGAUUGAAACUGGUUGGUUUGAAGGGGAGACGACAUCUUGUUGUUAGUGAGGUCAGGCUUCCCAAUUUUAGACCAUGGUGUCCAUUGAUUGUUAUUGCUAAUGCAAAGAGUGGAAAUAAUGAAGGAGAUUUGAUACUCAGGGCAUUUCGUGGGAUACUCAAUACUGCUCAGGUAAUUGAUCUUCAUGACUUACCACCUGAAAGUGGACUGGAGUGGUGUAAUCUGGUGCCAGACCAGACCUGUCGAGUUUUGGUAGCAGGUGGAGAUGGCACUGUUGGCUGGGUUCUUAAUGCUAUCCAGAAAUUGAAGCUUUUUCCCCAACCCCAGGUGUGUAUCUUGCCACUAGGAACUGGAAACGACCUAUCCAGAGUAUUGGGUUGGGGAGAUGGUUACAGUGGAAACAUUGAUGUGAAGAACAUCCUUGAUCAGAUAGCUUCUUCUACUUGUGUUAAAUUAGACAGAUGGAAAGUCAAAUUAUCUUCAGAAAGACAUCUAGGAAUUCCCAUACCAUCAAGGGAAAUCCUAAUGAACAACUAUGCUUCUGUGGGAGUUGAUGCAUUAGUGACUUUAAAUUUUCAUAAGACGAGAGAAUCAAAGUUUUAUUUGUAUAGUAGCAGAUUGCUGAACAAGUUUCUGUAUUUAAGCUAUGGAACCAAAGAUAUAUUGGAAAGGGAGUGUAAAAACUUGCACCAAAAGUUGGAACUACAGUUAGAUGGGAAACCAGUUAAUUUACCUGAGUUGGAAGCAAUUGUCAUCUUGAACAUCCCCAGCUGGGGUGCUGGUGUACGACCAUGGCAGAUGGGAAGUAGAGCUUCAGAACUUCAGCCACUGAGAUUUGAUGAUGGAAUCCUUGAAGUGAUUGGAAUCUAUUCAUCUUUCCACAUAGCGCAGCUUCAAGUUGGGUUGUCUGAGCCACUUAGAUUAGGUAGAGCAAAGGAAAUCAAGCUUAGUCUACAUGAAAAGGUUCCAAUGCAGGUUGAUGGAGAACCAUGGGAACAACAUCCAGCAGAUAUCACUGUUACCUACAAUGGUCAGGUUACCAUGCUUUCAAACUUUAAAAACUGAUUACCAGCUACACUGAUCACUAAGCUUGGUUUGUGAAUAAAUUUGCUAAGAACGCUGCAAUUCUAAAGAUUUAGUCCAACCAAAGUAAAAUGUUUACCCAGAAAAAUUCACUAUGGGUACAUGUAUCUUAACCCAAGUAAAAUCCUUCAGAAACGUACUCCUUUUUUGUGAUGAAUUCUUGGUUAGCCUAAAUCUAAAAUCAUUUUAGGUGAGCUAAUGCCUUUUUUUUUCAGGAUUUGAUUCAGUUUUUUUGGAAAGUAUUUCUAAAAGUUUCCUUCAAUAUAACUCAAACAAGUGGAUACCUUUAAGAAUAAGAAUUGUUCAUGGGUGUUAAUCUUACCUGAAUGGUAUUGUUGUGGUAGGAAAUGUCAGGCUUUUGUUGUUUAACACACAUAGGGUAGAGUAUAAUUUUCAAGCAUUUUCUGAAAUAUCAUUUCAAAAAGUUACUAAAUUUAGUGGCACUUGUACUGAAUACAAGUAUAUAUGAUGUACAAACUUAACAUAUGUUUUUUUAUAUUGUAUAGUUU